AUGGCGAGGAUUUUUAAAGAGAAGUAUUUCCCUAAUAGUUCCUUCUUGGAUUCUCCGGUGGGGAAGAAGCCAUCUUAUGCGUGGCGAAGUAUUUGGAAUGCCAAGCCCCUUCUACGGGAAGGUCUAGUGUGGCGGGUUGGUGAUGGGAAUUCCAUUUCAAUUUGGGGUGACCGAUGGCUGCCCGUCCAUUCCACUCAUGCGGUACAAUCCCCUAUUCGGCUCCUAGAGGGGAAUGCAAAGGUGGAGGCACUCAUUAAUAAUAAUACUAGAUGGUGGAACGUUCCUUUGAUGGAAGCCAUUUUUAAUCCCAAGGAGGCAAGUAUUAUUUGUGGAAUUCCGAUAUGCCCAAGUAUCCAGGUCUCGGCAACUGGGAGAGUGCUCGGAAGGGAUGCCAAAUCGGGUUUUGUGGAGAAGAUUAUGGCGGUUAGGAGGCCCAAGAGUGGUGAAGAUGUUCAUGUGGCAGGCUUGACCCUUUAUGCCCCAUCUGCAGACUGGAAGUUGAGACCGUGUGCCAUGCAUUGUGGACAUGUCCGGCAGCACAGGAUGUCUGGCAUGGGAGUUUUAGCAAGCUUCAUAAAAGUAUUAUGGCUGAGCGCAAUUCCGGAUAUUGUGGUUGGUUUAUUGGAUCGUCUGGAUGCGGAUGAAGUAGACGUAUUCGCCUGCACUGCACGACAGGUAUGGUUGCGGAGGAAUAAGUGGGUGUUUGAAGGGAAAUUCUCUUCCCCCGUGCAGCUGCUGCAAAUGGCUUCUGACCAAGUUGAGGCAACAAAAUCUGCAGACCAGGGCAGGCAAGAGGAAGGUCAGCGGGUUCGCCAACGACCACUGGUACACUGGAGGUUGACACCACCAGAAUUUGUGAAGUGCAACUGGGAUGCAGCGAUUGAUUCGGCAGGAAAAAGGAUGGGUGUGGGGAUUGUGAUCAGAAACCAUGUUGGUUAG